GCGUUUUCUCUUCUACGUCCCUAGUGCUCCAGAAAUAUUAAUUGUUUUAGAGACGAGGGAUUGCUGAUUUCAUACGUGUCGGUUCAUGCAUGCACGCAUAUCAAUUCCUCCCAAAAUGGUUCUAGUGUGGGGUUCGAUGAUUCUAGAGACAAUUUGGGCCGAAUAGGGGUAUGGCGUCUUCGGAUGAUGAGGCCGAAGUUCAUCCACAAUCUGUGUCAAAUUACCAUUUGGAGGAUGAUGAGAAAGAGCCUGUUUCAUUUUCUGUAUUGCCAAUUCAAUGGAAUGAAUCUGAGGAUACAGAUGGCGAAAGUGGGCAAGUGUUCCUUGACGGUUUUGCAGACAAUGGGCUGCAGAAAGUGUUUAAGCACGUCGUUGCAUGGAAGUUUGACGUUUUCGGUAGAGAACCUGAGAUAUCAGUGCUAUUAAAGGGUAGACAAUGGAUCAAACUUGAGAAGCCAAAGAAGUGGUUUGAGAAAACCAUAAGGACGAUUUUGAUCACUAUUCACUUCCUACACUAUGUGCAGAAAUAUCCUGAAACAUCUGCUAAAUCUGUGUGGGGCUACUUGUCCAAGGAUUUUAGCUGUUAUGAAGUUAGGCCUUCACAAAACGAUUUGUUGAGCCAUUUACCUUUAAUUCGUGAAGCUGUUAAAAGGAAUGCCAAUUUAAUUAAGUCCCAGCUUGUACGCAUGGUUCUUGAGAAGCCGAGGAAUGUCAAAGUGCUGGAUGAGGAAGCUAAUAAUCUAGCAAGGUCAGGGUUUAUAGUUAGCGAUGAUGUCAUUGAUGAGGCUGAUGAUGCCACUGAUGAAGCUGAUGAAGCCAUUGAAGAAGAUGUCAUUGAUGAAGCUGCUGAAGAGCCUGUCAAAGAUGAUGAACUGUUUGAUUCUGUUUGUGUACUUUGUGACAAUGGUGGUAGAUUGUUGUGUUGUGACGGAAUAUGCAUGAGGUCGUUCCAUGCAACAGAGGAGGAUGGUACAGUUGAUGGUGCAGAUUGUGACUCUCUUGGUCUUACUCAGGAGGAAGUGGAUGAGAUCCAGAGUUUUAAAUGCAAAAAUUGUGAAUAUAACCAGCACCAGUGCUUUGUAUGUGGCAAGUUAGGAAACUCCGAUAAAUCCUCGUGUGCUGAGGUUUUUAAAUGUGAUGUUGCAACUUGUGGCCGCUUUUACCAUAUGCACUGUGUUGCAAAAGAACUUGGGAAAAGUAUUACUGAUGGCGAAAGUUUUGUUUGUCCUAUUCAUUCAUGCUACGUCUGUAAGGAAAGAGAAAAUAAGGAGGAACAUGAAUUGCAAUUUGCUGUUUGUCGGCGUUGUCCUAAAGCAUAUCAUCGCAGAUGUUUGCCAAGGGAGAUUGCGUCUGAGGACAAUAAUGAUUUUCCAACAAGGGCUUGGGAAGGCCUAUUACCAAAUAGCCGAAUACUUAUAUAUUGUUUAAAACAUGAGAUUGAUGAGGAACUUGGAACUCCGAUAAGAGAUCAUAUCCGAUUUCCCAAGAUUAAACAUGCUGUUCAGGAAAUUGAUUCUUCCUUAGAGGAAGAGACAAAGCCUUCAAUAGAAGAUAGAGUUCUGCCAAACAAAAAUAAUGCUGAUCGAGAUGAUUCUACUUGCAAACAAGUGAGUGCAAAAGUCUUGAAACUGACUGAGAAAUCAGCUAAGAAAGUUAGUUAUAAGGAAGGGUCUGAACAUAUCAUUUAUGGACCAAAUAUCUUGAGGAAACGAAAAGCCAGUGAUGUAGAAGGGAGGCACAUAAAUGGAAAAAGGAAGUCUAUCCCUACAGAAGGUAAAAUCCUAAAGGGCAAGGAGAGUCAAUUCUCAUCAGGUCGAAGAUUGCGUAAUGCUUGCAUGACCAAGAGUUUUAAGAAAAUUGAGCACGAGGAGCAUGGCGCUGAUGGAGCUAACAAGUCCCUCCAUUCAAAGCCUACGAACAAGGAGCCAAGUAAUACACUGCUUCAACUAGACUCUGAUAGAGAGAGGAGAUUGUUGGAUUUGUUCAAAGAAGCUACAUCAUCAAUCUCUUUGGAUGAUAUAUCAAAAAAGCUCAAAUUUACAUAUGCUCCUUCCCUACGAACUUAUGUGGAGACCAUUACUCCUGGAAAGUUGGGGGCCUCAGUUGAUGCUGUCAGAGCAGCUCUAAAGAGACUGGAUGAAGGGAAAAGUAUUCAGGAUGCAGAAUUUGUUUGUGAUCCUGAUGUAUUGAAGCAGAUAUUUAAAUGGAGGGAUAAAUUGAGAGUAUAUCUUGCACCUGUUUUGAAUGGUAACAGAUACACAUCCUAUGGUCGCCAUUUCAUAAAAGUGGAAAAACUUCAAUGGAUUGUUGAUAGGCUCCAUUGGUAUGUCCAAGGUGGUGAUACGAUUGUGGACUUCAGCUGUGGGGCUAAUGAUUUUAGCAUCCUAAUGAAGAAAAAGCUCGAAGAGACAGGGAAGAAAUGCUUUUACAAAAACUACGAUAUUUUUCCAACGAAGAAUGAUUUUCAUUUCGAAAUGAGGGACUGGAUGCAAGUCAAAAUGAAGGAGCUGCCUAAGGGUUCAAAAUUGAUUAUGGGCCUUAACCCCCCCUUUGGUGUUAAUGGAAAAGAUGCUAACAUGUUUAUUGAUAAGGCUCUUCGGUUUCAACCAAAACUCCUCAUUCUUACUGUUCCCCCAGAAACAGAAAGGUUAGAUAAUAAACGAACUCCUUAUGACCUUGUUUGGGAGGAUGGGAACCUUCUGUCAGGAAAGGCAUUUUAUCUGCCGGGAUCACUUGACGUUAAUGAGAGACAAAUGGAUCAAUGGAACGUGACGCCACCUGUUCUGUAUCUUUGGAGCCGUAAAGAUUGGACUAAUAAACACAAGGCGAUAGCCCAGGAGCAUGGUCAUUUGCCCAGCCAACGUGAUGCAUUGAUAGAAAUGAGACUUGAUGAAAUUUCACCUGCUGAUGGUAUUAUGAAUGGUAAUCAUUAUGAGAAUCUCGUACUAGGUCAUGACCUUCCAAAACAGGAUGAUGAUUCUAAAGGUGGUUGGGCUUCAAGGAAUGAUGGUCAUGAAGAAAACUUACCCCAUGAUAAUCUUGCCUAUGGGAAUCAUGUUGUACAAGAACCUAACAUAAGCAAUUCCGACAAGAGCAUAAGCAAUUCUGAGAAGACUUUACGGAAGAAGGGAAUCGAAGAAAAUGCUAGUAGAGCAUGUGAUGUGGCUUCACCAACCGACAGACAGGCAGUAAAUGAUACUUAUGACGAAAUGAUGCAACACAGUCAAGAAAGAGUGUUCAAUGACAAAUUAGCAGUGUCUCCACACGACGUCAAUAACAAUGCUAAUGAGAAUAAUGAGUCCACCUCUCGUUCACACAUGCCAUAUGGAAGAGCUAGUCAUGGGACUGAAAAUAAAAAGCAACUAAGUUGUGCUCAUUCACGUUUUGAAUAUAAAGCUAGGAAUUUUGAGGAACAUCAUAAUAGCCCUAUGGUACGUAGCCCUAGGAUUUUCGGAGAUAGACUCCACUUCAGGGAUGAACAACAUCGGAGGGAAAGAGAAAUUAGACAACAAAUUCAUUUGCAUGGCAUUCAAGAUCUGGAUUAUAUGAGAACUAGGUAUCAAUCUGGUGAUGAUCUUUCUUUUGGCCCUAUUAGAACUAGCUAUGUUCAACUUGGUUCAGAUCCUAGGUCAUCUUACCAAAAUACAUCUGCUAUGCAACGAUAUGCACCUCGCUUGGAUGAAUUAAACCAGGUCAGGACAAGGACUUUGGGGUUAGAACCACCAAUAACUGGCAGAAAUGGCAACUUUGAUCAUCGUUUGCUGCCACAGCAGGGAUAUGGAGACUUGCCGCCACAACCAGGACAUGGAGGCCUGUCGCCACAGUCGGGAUAUGGAGGCCCGCGACAACCGAGACAUGGAGGUCCCAUGCCACAACAUGGAUUUGUAGGCCUGCCGCCACAACUUGAAUAUAGAGGCUCUUUGAUGGGUUUUUCAAAUCCUCAAAAUGCAUAUUCUCACCAUCACUCAGCUGGGUGGCUCAAUGAGUAGUUACGCCUUGCACAAUUUCUUAGGUUUCUGAGUUAAACUUUUGCAUACUCAAUAUGUAAAUGAGGUAUGCUUGUUUGUUGACACUGUUGAUGGUUCCUUUAUUAUCUUCAUAGAGUAAUUUUAGGCUCUUUUUUUUUUUUUUUAAUCAUCGUGAUCUGACAUGAUGUCUUUAUUUGUCAUUAUUUCAAAUGCAAUGACUACAAGAUGCAUGAGAAUCAUUAAUAGCUGGAUGUUGUUGGGGUAGGCAA